AUGAAAGGCAUCCUCAUUGCUGGUGUCUUUGCAGCGUUUGCCAUCACAGUUAUAGACUCCUUGAGUUGCUUACAGUGCUCCCCAUCCACUGAGAACUGUUCCACUAAUAAAACUGACUGUGGCAACGAGAAGUUCAAAAGUUGUGUGGAGUCCUCGGUCAGCUCCACUCUAGGAAAGUCCCCGUAUUCGUACGAGAACAAGUUCUGCUCAGAAGAUAAGUGCAUCAGCAGCACUAGUGCUGUAGUGUCCUUCACGGUGCGUGUGUCUGAUGAUCAAGAAUUCAAUUUUUCAAGCCAGUGUUGUGAAGGAGAGGCAUGCCCUGGCAACAAUGAAGGUAGUGGAGAAGAGGGUGAUGGUGGUACUUCUCGCGCCGACACCCAAAUCCAGUGUCCUUCUUGCUAUAGCUCCAACACAACAACAGCUUGCAAGGAGGAAAUCCGGCAGUGUUCCCAAGGAGAGCGAUGUGUCCACAUCAUUGCUGACCAUGUAAAUGGCACUGUACAUAACAAAGUGGAGCUAAAAGGGUGUUCUAAUAUCGAUGAAGCUACUUGUGACAUCCUGAAUCCUGGGAACGUAACAGUUGGAGAAUUCACUUUCCAGACGGUUAGCUGCACAAAUGAAAUUACAACCACAACCCCAGCCACAGUCACCACGACCCCUAGUACCAGCACAAGCAUCAAAGCUUCCUUCAUCUCCUCUGUCUUCGGCAGCCUCCUUCUUCUGAAGCUGCUAUUCUGA